AAUGAGAUGUUAGCCUAAUGUCGCCACUAGUCGAAUUGCCCUGUAUGCCUUCCGAACAUCAACAUAACCUAACAGAACGAUCGAUACAAGUGCUGAUAGCUCACAGAAAGGUAAAUCGCCGCUCGCGAAAUGCACACCUCCACCAAUUUCGUUCUACGUGGCGGUGAUGCGGCAUUUGCCAACAGACAGAAAUUAUUGUUCGAUCAACUGUCGAUCGCCGAGAACAGAUGCAACAAACAUGACAGAUGCGAGAUAAACGACAACGAGAUGCGCGUGGACGUGGACAGUUGUAACAGAGACACAACUUCGAGAGAGCAUGUGAAACGGAGGAGGGAAACUAGGAGAUUCAGCGGCAAGGAGAGCUUGUUCAAGCGUCCGGAGGGCCUGGCACCCCGCACGAAAGGUUUCAGAAGUGUUCCGGACCACCACAGGAAUCCGCACAAGUGGAUCAAGUACAGUUUAGCCGACGUGUCCAACGAGGACAUGACGGAGAAGAGCAAUACGCAAGCCGCCAUGUCGUUUCUGAAGGAAUUGAAGGCACGCAGGAAGACAGAGGCGGACGAAUCCGACGAGAAGAUGGACAUUGAAUCUUGCAACUUGAAUGCGCAAGAUUGUAAAGAGGCGAUAUUCAAACAUAGGAAACGCGCGUCGACGUCGCAGAUAGUAUUCAGAAAACCACAGACGAAAGAGACAGAGAAUUCAAAAAUAGUCGUGACCGGAUCGGAUGAUAAACCCAUGUUCAGAAAUAGUAAGAUUAUCUUGCCGGAAUACGUGAUCGGCCAGAAACCGAAAAAGAUCCCUAGGAGGAAUAAGCCCGUGGUUAAAAGCGAUCGUGUGAAAGAACUCAGAUUAGAUCACUUGGAAGAGCCUGAUGAGGAAGAACAUAACUGAAGAAGGAACUGUGUAAUGUAUAUAAGUUAACGUACACAAAUAUAUGUAGAAAUUAGCUAUAAAUUCAUCUGAUUUGUUUCAAUUGAAUCAGCAAUUUAUGGGACGCCGUCUAUAAUUAUAUAAUACAUCUUAGAGAAAGUACGAUUGUAUUGGAAUCGUGAAAGAAAACUGAACGUAAAGUACAUGCA